AUGUCGCCGGAGGUGUACGCGAUCGCGUUGGUGUAUUUCGUGCAGGGCGUGAUCGGGCUGUCGCGGUUGGCGAAGGAUUUUUAUCUCAAGGAUGAGCUGCGCUUGGGGCCGAGCGAGACGGCGAUGAUUUUGUCGAUUUCGCAAGCGCCGUGGUUGAUCAAGCCGCUGUGGGGGUUUCUGAGCGAUUCAGUGCCGCUUUUUGGCUAUCGGAGAAAGUCGUACUUGAUGGCGUGCGGCGCGGUGGGGUGUUUGGGUUGGGCAUCCAUGGCGACGUGGGUGGACGCGCCGGAGACGGCGCUCGUGGCGUUCACGCUCGGGUCGCUGAGCAUCGCGUUUAGCGAUGUUUUGAUCGAUAGUAUCGUCGUCGCAAAGGCGAGAGGUGAAGAACAAGGGGUGUCGGGAUCGUUGCAAUCGCUUUGCUGGGGGUUCGUCGCCAUCGGGAGCAUCGUGAGUUCGUAUUUUAGCGGGAGUUUGAUUGAAUCGUACGGCACGAGAUUCGUCUUCGGCGCCACCGCGGUGUUUCCGCUCAUGAUCGCCGGAGCGUCGACGUUGGUGCAAGAGAAGCCGAUCGUCGAGACCGCGCAGGUGUCGAGCGAGGGCGUGUUGAGUGAUUUCAAGGCGAUGUCGGGGAAAUUGUUCCAAGUCGCCAAGCGGCGAGACAUUUGGGCGCCGGCGUUCUUCGUGUUCUUGUGGCAAGCGACGCCGAGCGCUGGGACGGCGAUGUUUUAUUUCAACACGAAUGAGCUCGGAUUUUCGCCAGAGUUCUUAGGCCGCGUGGCCCUCGUGCGCGCGUUUUGCGCGCUCGGCGGCGUGGCGUUGUACAACGGUUACCUCAAGCGCGUACCGCUCAAAAAGAUGUUUUUGUGGACCUCCAUCUUGGGCACCGCGCUCGGCUCCACUCAACUUUUACUCGUGAGUCGCAUGAAUUUAGAGUUAGGGAUUAGCGAUAAAGUGUUCGCGCUCACCGACACCGCGGUGUUGACGGUUUUGGGCGAAGUGAGCUUCCUGCCGGUGCUCGUCUUGGCGGCGAAAAUUUGCCCGGAGGGCGUAGAGGCGACGUUCUUCGCGGCGCUCAUGUCUCUCUUCAACGCCGGCGGCGUGACGAGCGAGUUUCUGGGCGCUGGGUUGACCAAAUCGCUCGGUGUUACCGCGGACAACUUCGACAACCUCUUUUUGCUGUUGUCCAUUUGUCUCGUCACCGGUUUACUCCCGCUCGCAGCCAUCAACCUCAUAGACGAAGUCAAGGACGACGACGCGGACGACGUCGAGUCGGCGCAAAAGAACGCGUGA